GGACGCUGAAAAUGGCUCUGUGUGCUUUUUAUGCAGUUUGGGCUUUGUUAUUGGAUAUGGCAGUAGCAUUUGGCCCAGUACCAAGGAUCACUUGGGAACAUAGAGAGGUCCAGCUAAUAUAUUUUCACGAAUCAGAAGUGUCAAACUAUUCAACCUUGCUGCUAAGUGAACACAAAGAUGUUUUAUAUGUUGGAGCCAGAGAGGUGAUCUUCGCGUUAAAUGCAAUGAAUAUUGCUGAAAAGCAGCAUGAGUUACACUGGAAAGUCACAGAAGAUAAAAGGGCUAAAUGCGCAGUCAAAGGCAAAUCAGAACAGACUGAGUGUCGCAAUUAUGUGCGCGUCUUGCAGCGGCUGAAUGAUACUUUUCUCUAUGUGUGUGGAACUAACGCGUUUCAGCCGGCAUGUGACUACCUGAACUUAAUUUCAUUUGAACUUGGAGGGAAAAAUGAAGAUGGUAAGGGCAGAUGUCCAUUUGAUCCUGCUCAAAGCUACACAUCUGUUAUGGUUGAUGAGGAGCUUUAUUCUGGUACUUCUUACAAUUUCUUGGGAAGCGAACCUAUCAUUUCACGGCAUUCUCACCAGAGUCCUCUGAGAACAGAGUAUGCAAUACCUUGGCUUAAUGAGCCAAAUUUUGUUUUUGCUGAUGUAAUAAGAGCAGAACAAAACAGCACAGAUGGAGAAGAUGACAAGAUAUACUUCUUUUUCACUGAGGUGUCUGUGGAGUAUGAAUUUGUUGGAAAACUGAUGAUUCCAAGAAUUGCUAGAGUGUGCAAGAGGGACCAAGGAGGAUUAAGGACCUUGCAGAAAAAGUGGACUUCCUUUCUCAAGGCCAGACUGAUUUGUACCAUCCCUGAUAAGAAUUUAAUAUUCAAUAUUAUCAAUGAUGUUUUUAUUCUCAAGUCUCCAACUCUGAAGGAACCAGUCAUAUAUGGAGUCUUCACCCCGCAGCUGAAUAAUGUGGGACUGUCAGCAGUGUGUGCAUACAAUCUGUCUACUGUAGAAGAGGUUUUCUCAAAAGGAAAGUAUAUGCAGAGUGCUACAGUAGAGCAAUCUCAUACAAAGUGGGUACGGUACAAUGGGGAAGUUCCUCAUCCUCGACCUGGUGCAUGUAUAAACAGUGAAGCCAGAGCCUCAAACUAUUUGAGUUCCCUGAAUUUACCAGACAAAACAUUGCAGUUUGUUAAAGAUCAUCCUUUAAUGGAUGACUCAGUGACUCCAGUGGGAGACAGACCCCGACUAGUAAAACGAGAUGUGAAGUAUACUCAGAUUGUAGUAGACAGAGUCAGAGCACUCAAUGGGACCAUAUAUGAUGUUAUGUUCAUCAGCACGGAUAGAGGAGCCUUGCACAAAGCCAUCAGUUAUGAAAAUGGGAUGCAUAUCAUUGAGGAGACACAGCUUUUUCCAAAUUUUGAGCCAGUCCAAACUCUCUUACUUUCAUCCAAAAAAGGCAGAAGAUACCUCUAUGCUGGUUCAAAUUCUGGUGUGGUUCAGUCUCCCCUGGCAUUCUGUGACAAGUACGCCACUUGUGUUGACUGUGUUUUAGCAAGGGAUCCUUAUUGUGCUUGGAAACCCCUUGAAGCUUCCUGCAUUGAUAUUUUUAAAGAAAGUGAAACUGAAAGAACCUGGAUUCAGAACAUAGGUGGAGAUGCAUCUUCUUGUUCUGAUAAAGUAAGCGAGAACUCCCUGCAGCACACUUUCAAGCAUGGGAGCACAGCAGAGCUCAAGUGUUCUCAAAAGUCCAAUCUGGCACAGGUAGUUUGGAAGUUCAAAGAUGAUGUGUUGAGAGUGGAGAGUCCCAAGUACCGUCUGCUGGAAAAGGCACUGCUCAUCUUCAAUUUAUCAGAAGGAGACAGUGGUGUUUAUCAAUGCUUGUCAGAAGAAAAAGUGAAGAAUAAGAAAUUCUCUCAAGUGCUGGCCAAACAUGUUUUGGAACUGAAAAAGAUCCAGCAUACCACGGUGGGGCCCACUGCAGCAGCUGCAUCAACAGAAGGUAAUAGUGAUGAGCCAAAAGUGUCAGCAGUGUCAACCGAGGGGUCUACUGCUCACACCUCAACUACUCAUGUGGUACCGGUAACGACAGCAAAGAUAGUAACAAAGCCCGUUGGCUCUGUCCUGACAAGUGCAGCCUCUAACACAGAGCUUUUCAAUUCAAUCCCUGACGCGGUCCCAGAAAAGACGAUGUUCCUCAAGGCAAAUGACAACUUCCUGUUGAUGUUCCUCUUCCUCUUCUUUUUUAUUCUUUUCUUGUGCCUGCUCUCCUACAACUGUUACAAAGGGUACUUGCCAGGGCAGUGCUUGAAAUUUCGCUCUGUCAUGCUGCUUGGUAAGAAGAAAACAAAGUCAGAAUUUUCUGAUUGCGAGCAAAGCGUGAAGGAGACGCUGGUGGAGCAGGGCAGUGUCAGCCACCAGAGCGGGGAGCAGCCAAAGCCGGCACAUGACACCGGCUAUGAGACUGAGCCUGACUGCGGGAACAGCCAGCUGCAGUCUGCAGAUUUGCAGGCAUCCCGAGAGGCCAAGGACAAGCCCUUUGAUGUCAAGUGUGAGCUCAAGUAUGCCGACUCAGACGCAGAGGGGGACUGAAGGACCCAAUCAUCCGUUUCAGUGGUGAAAAUCAGCUGUGGUCCUGUGGCUAGCUAAUUGAGCACAGAGACGGUGUGUGUGACAGCUGAGCCAUAGUGGGGAUACAUGCUUAUGCUGUACAGCAAGCCAAUUUGCAUUCAGAUCUCGCAAGAUGAGAGAAGUGGUGUUCUUGUCUGCAGACCAUAGCAUCUUGUGUUUUCUGUCUUUUUGUUUUUCUUUUUAAAUGGCCAGUUUCAGAUACCCAAUCGUUUGUUCCAGAUUUUCCCCUCACCAAGCGCUUCACUUUAGCAGUUACCUGCUUGUUCUUCAGCCCUGUUCUUCCAUACAAUAAGAGUAUCUUUAUAAUUCAGUUGGCUUUAAAAAGUACUUCAGUCUACACAUAUUUUUAGCUGCCAUUAAAAAAAAAAAUAAAUACCUAGUUUCAUUUUAAUUCCAAAUUGGAAAUUAAGUUUAGUUUAUCAGAUUGGUAAAUUAUAGACUUUUGUCCAGACAGGACAUUUUUUUUCCCCCCUUUGCUUCUAGUGAUUAGUUUUAUGCUUUGUGUUUGGAACACUAGGUCUCUUUAGUUGGCUGUAGUUAAUUUUUUUUAACUGCUUUUUUAAGCAAGAUUUUGAGGUAUAAUGGGGAUAGCAUUGGCUUGAUUUGUGUAAGACUUCUCAGGGAUAAUCUUGUGUAAAGGUAUUUUUUCUUUGCUGCUUUCUAGAACUUUAGGUACAACAGUAUCAGUACAAAACAUGGAGUAACUGGGGAAGGAGGAGGAAAUAAUAAUGCUUUUCUUUUUUUUCCACCUUUUUUUUUGUUGGCCGCCUUUUUUGUUGUUGUUUUGUUUGGUUUCCUCCCACUGAGCAGCAAACUGGACAUAGUCAUAUUCUAUUUUCUGUACAAAACAGG